AUGCGCCGCCAGACAAAGAUUGAUAUCUCAAAGACACGAUUGUGUGAAAGCAUACGGCUCCGUCGCAGCAAACAUGUCUCGCUCAGUCGUGGAUGCCAGACUGGGUGUGGGUCCAUGGUCUGUGCGUCUCUUCUCAGAUCUCAUAUUCUACACCAUCAGAUUCGCUCAAGACGGCUCCAGCUCACGAUGGCUAUUCCCAAAAACAACGCGCAGCCGAUCGACUCCGACUCUUCAAUGGCAUCCUCUAUCGGUACUGCGCAGCUGUUCGAUCUAGCAGACUUCUCCGACAUCACCAUCAAGUUCGCGGGGAAGGCAAUCAGGUGCCACAAGCUUGUUUUCUGCACCAAGUCCCAAUACUUCAAUGGACUGUGUGGCCCAAAGAGCCGCUUCGCAGAAAGUCAACUCAAGGAAAUAGAGUUGAAAGAGGAUGACCCUAAUGCUCUCGAAGCUGUGCUGCGUUAUAUUUACGACGGCGACAGCACUCCCAAGAGACCCGACGAUUGGUUGUACCAGUUGGAAGUUGCUAAAGCUGCGAACAAAUAUCUCCUGGGAGACCUAGAGCAGGCUGCUUUCAAGCAGUCCUGUAAAAUUACAGACGCCGUUGACUGCAAUGCGAGUGAAAUGCUUGUCAGCAUAGACAAGAUCCGCGAAGCUGGCAUCGAGCACAAGCACUUAGCUGUCGCGAAAAAGCUUGAAGACAAGCAUCUCUGCAAGCUACUGCAAGAACGUUGCUAUCGCGCGCGGGUCGAAGAAGAUAAAGCGCUGCUCUGGAAACAUCUGGACAGGUUCAGCUUCGUUCACGACACCAUUGAACUGGAACUUGCCAGGAUCAUCAACAACUUCGUCGAGACUGCGCACCGCAUCAGAUGUUCGUCAUUGAUGGAACGCAUCGUUGACAGGUCUGAGCUGCUGUUGGAGCACAGCUCGCCGCCAUCCUCCCCCGGUCUUGGGCACAUCAAGCACCUGGGCGACUUCGAAUAUGUGGACCAAAAGCAAGGUCCUACCACAGCCGAUAGAGAAGGCACAGACGACGAGCUAGACUUUGUGCUAUUUGCGCCAUCAGCGAAAAAGUCCGAAGCCUCUCAAGCAGUAGCGAAGAUCAGGAUCCAGACGCCACCGCCAGAUGAUAAAGACCCAAGAUUCAUCAUCCCGAGCAGAUCUGAAGCAUACUAUUUCACAGGCCCUCGUUCGGCUGAGCAACAUCAAAACUUCGAAGCUGCAGCACUUUUGGGACAGAAUGUCAUUUCGCGCUCCCGCAGCCUAGUGCCGGGCAAUGGCUAUGCUUGGAAAGUGCAGCGCAUCGCUGUCUCCAAGAGGCAAUUACGAGCACUGGAAAAUCAUGUCACAACUGUGAACGGCGACGUCCCCUCGAAGCACAAAAGACCUGGCAAGAAGGCGCGUGUGAAGGCUCGGACUAAGCUGCAGGCCACCCAAGCUUCACAGGAGCAGCAGCAGAAAACCGAUGAGCUCAAGGAAGCCGCCGAGCGCGAAAAGCGCACUCGACGUAAUCGGGAGAAGAAAGCCAAGAAGAAGCAGCGUGAGAAGGUCAAGAAGGCUGAAGGUCAAGCUGGACAUGUUGUCAUGGAGGAUGAGUCUGAUUCAGAGUGA